UUUCAAAAAUGGCGUACAAAACAAGCCUUUUGUCCGCCGGGUAGUUUUUCUGAGUGGAUAGUUUUCUCUUCGAGUUUUUUCUUUUUAAUUUUUACAAUAAGAUUCUCCCGUGCAACGUCCUAAUUAAAUGUGAAUUGAUAAAAAUAAUUAUAAAUAAUUCAAGUGACGGAUUGUGAAUAUUUUAACAAGUACAGGAAAUCCGAGAAGAGGAAAAAAACAUUACGAAUAUCAAAAAAUUCCCCACGAAUUUAAGUUUUUUAUUUUUUCUUCAAAUUCAUUUGUGUCGUUCGCUGUGUGGUGGCUCGCUCAAAGUGGGGCACAGCAGCAAUACAAGCUUCUCAGCAGCGCGAACUUAAAAUAGAAAACGUCAUACUCAAUCGUAUGAGGUUUUUUCUCAUUAAAUUAAUUUCUAAUUGUAUUUAUUAAACAAUAAACUUACAAAUAAAAAUAAUAAUCGCUAAAGGGAACUAAACACUAAGCGUGUGCUACGUGAAAACUAAAACUAAUAAACUAAUGCUGAAGAAUAUCGUGUCUUUAUUUCGACCAGCAAAUACGGCAGCUGGCUGAGUUUUUAAAAAUUCAGAACGAAGGAACAAAAAAGAAAAAAACGACACCAGAAAUUCCAUCCGUUUUGUGGUUAGGUUAUUGCAUAAAAUCUUGUUACCGCGGCGUGUGAGAGCAGGAAAAGAUCCUGGAAAAUAGUGUAAAACUAAUUCAAACAGAAUUCGCGGAAAUGAUGGUUAUACUUACAUAUUACCGAUUAUAUCCUCACCUGUGAAUACAGAUGCAUAUACUUGACAAGGUCUUUAUUAGAGAAGAGUGCUUUCGAUAGUUAUUCUAUCCCAACUGAACUGUCGUGUAUGUAACUAAGCAAGAACGUCUUAAAAACAGAGUUAACACUAUAAAGAAAUGAAUGAUACAAAUAACUCAACAUUGCAUCAACAUCCACAAGAGGACAACGAGGAACCAUUAGUUUCGUCAACAUCAAAUGACACGACACCCUCAUCGACAACGGUUGCCGUAGUAGUUACGUCGCCAACCAGCUCUAGCAAUAGCAGUACAAGCAGUAGUAAUAUUCAUCUUGAUAACACAGGUCCAACAUCAUCAUCGCCAGCUAGAACCUGUGUGACAUCGAGUACGGGUAACAAUAGUAAUGAUUCGCUUAUUAUAGUAUCGACAAAUCACAAUACCCAGCAGCCAGAUCAGAGACAUAGGAAUAAUGACAGACUUCCUCCGAUAGAAGUAUUAAACGAUGAACCAAGCUGCAGUAAUAGCAGUAGCACUAAUACUUACCAUGAGGACAAUGCGGCUUCGUCCGCUUCAUCAGGCGGAAGAGUAUCGGCGGUGCCAUCAAUAGCAUCCUCCAAUAAGAGUAUUAAUAAUUUCAAUAAAAAUAUCUUACAUUUAGAAAAAUCAGUAGUAGAAGAGGAGCAGGAAGAAGGAAAAAUGGUUGCAUUACGAAAGGCCGCCAGCGAGAUGGCGGCAGUUGCUUCGACGAGUGGUAGCAGUGCUAUUACGAAUGAGGGCAGUGAGACAAAUUCAAGCAAGAUUGACGAAGGAGGUGGUGGAGUUGGAGAUGAUAGUGGAGGAGGAGGAGGAGGUGGCGGAGGUGGAGGCAAGAAGUUCACGUAUAAUAGUGAAUCUCAGAAGGAGGAGCGUAAAGUUGAACCUCUAAAAAUUAACCUUAUUCGCCAUGAAGCGGUUAUACCGAAGAUAACAAUUAAGCCUAUAAUUAAACCUUUCGAUCCGUCGGGAUUGUCUCAUGAAGCGGGAGCUAAUGCUGAACAAAAUGCACGAAAUUCGCCCAUACCAAAACUGACAAUUAAGUCAUCGAUGGUUGUUAACAGCGGAGGAUCUGCAGCAGGAGAUUCUAUCCUUAACGAACCACACAUUGUGCCCAAACUAACAAUACGGGCUAACGAUUCAAAUGACGCUUCAGCAAAUUCGUCAAGUACCUCGCUGCACACUGUGGUUCCAAAGUUGACGAUAAAAAUGGACAGCGGUGGAAUCAAUUGUAUAAAUAACGAAAAAUCUCACUACAUAGAGCUUUCUUCGUCGUCAUCAUCAACGUCGUCGUGUUCGUCACCAUCGCCGCCAUCUAAUACCGAGUUGCAACCACCUUUGCCCAAAUUAACAAUUAAGACAACAAUAGAUGGCAGCAGUGAGGCAACGAUGUCCAAUAUCUCACCAUCGCCUUCGCAGUGUAACUUCGUUGGUUCUACAUCAACGGCUAAUUGUUCGUUGUCAACAGUUCCGAAAAUUACGAUCAAAAGUAUUCCGAAACCGGUGGCGGAGCCAUUGGAGUCUGAGGAGGAGGCAAAAGUACCGAAGUUGACUAUUAAAACUAGUCAGGAACAUGCCGUGAUAAUUCAACAUCAAUCGAUUCCAAAGAUGACCAUAAAGACCAAGUCUUUAGAAAUUCACGAAUCGGAACCGGUAGAGAAAAUUCCGAAGAUAACAAUCAAAACGACUAGCAAUAGUAAUGACAGCUUUACAAUUAAAACUGUUCCGGAGGUAAAUUGUUCGUCGGCGUCUUCUGGCAGUAGCUCAUCCCUUCCCAAACUAACUAAGUCGCUGAACGAAACGAGCACCACAUGCACAGUAAUUGAACAAUCAGCCGAUCGUGUACCGAAGUUAAUGAUAUCGCGUCAAGAUGACCACUCUGUAGUGGAAUCCGAAAAAGUGCCUAAACCCGAAAAGAUUCCAAAGCUGACAAUAAAGCCAAUUCCGCCCUCAACGAAUGACAGUGAAAAAUCACCUGCCGAAAAACAAGUUAUCCCCAAGCUAACAAUUAAAACAAAUGCAAAUACAAGUAGUGUGGUUACCGCUGAAGAUGGGCAAGAAAAGAUUCCAAAGUUUACAAUACGCGCAUCGGACAGCAGUGGGGAUAAUAUGAGACUCACUGUUGUUUCUGAUCCCCUCCCGCCAGCUGAUCUGUUAACAGAGGCUAGUGGCGAAGAACAACACAAAGUCGUCCCUAAAUUGACGAUAAAAAACUUAUCAUCUCCAAAACUAAAAAUCAAAGCAAUUCCAACAGCAGCAGUAGCAGCAGCAGCCGACGCAGUUCCCGUCGUCGUAGCCGAAGAAAAACAAAAGGAAAACGAAGCCAGCGAAGAUAAUUCAUCAUUAGCAUCUGUAGUUUUGGAGAAAAAAAUUAAAAUAAACGAAAUGAUGAAUCAGUAUAUUGAUGACGUGGAGUCCGUACUGCCAAAGGUGAUUUUGCAAAACCAUCACUCCUCCACAAUGAAUAAUAAUGAAUCGUCGACUACGACUACAACUUCAACAGUGACUGCGCCUUCUUCGUCAUCAGUGGAAGAUGCUAUCGAUGUAGAGCGUAAGAAUUCGUCAGACAUGGAAAUUGAUAAAACGCUCAAUCAUGAUCCGCAGACGUUCAAUAAUGCGAACUUGAAAUUUCCCCAAAGCAUUCCGGUAGUAAUGUCAUCGAAAUUUGAUACUGUUGAUCUGACGUCAUCACCUUCGCCUGGUUCGUCCCCAGUUCACGUUUUCAGUGAAGUGACGAAGGAUGUUGUCAAAACGGGAUCAGUUAAUUUGCUUAUGGAAAGACUUCAGCAAAUGGAUGUAGUUAUAAAAAAGCAACAAGCCUUAAACGCAGCAGCUCUUUCUACGUCAUCGGUCUUGGUUUCGAACCCUUUGCGUUCAUUUGAAGUCAUACCAAAUGGACAGCACGAACAAAACAAAUUACCUUGUUCAGAGUCGCCAUACGAAUCUAUAGAGAUAUUGGACUCCCCCGAAGAAAGUCGCUGUUCGUCGUUCAACGAUCGCGUUAAGAUGACAGCAGUAGCAACGAAGCCAUUAACAAUGACCUUAGACCCCAAAGCAAUUCCAGUGAUUGUCAAACAACAACCAACGACAAAGGAAAAUAACCGCAUUAUUGUAAAUAACAUCAUCAACCAUACGGGCAAGUCCCACCACCACUCGAUAAAUAAUAAUAAGGAAGACCAGUUGCAAGUGCGCGUAAACAACCUCAAAAGGCAUGCACCCAAAGGUGAGGUUUAUUCCCCUGAAGGUCAUAAGAUGCCAAAAUUAGUUAGCCAUGCUGAAAAGAAAACCAUCCCGCUUCCAACGUUGAAUCACAUUGAUUUGCCGGUAAACAAUCACGUUCUUGUGCCUAAGAAGCUAGCUGCUGACCCCUUAGCAAUUCCAUUAGAAUUGGAUCCUAUAUCAAAGAAGAUGGACGAAGAGGAACAAAAUUCUACGGCGAUAGUGUGUACAGUACCUGAUGUGCCUGUGGCGCCUCCUGACAAAAGAAAGCGUGGAAGGCCAAGGAAGUCUGGAAUGACUCCUGUUGUCACCCCAGCCCCAAUUCCUAUUGUCACACCAACUGCUACUGCCCAGCCUGCCGCCAACGAUGCCGCCGUUCCAGAUGAUUUAGCGGUAAAAGCAAAGCGUGUUCUCCUUUUGAAGAAGCGGCUAGCUAUUGACUUCGUAGGUUCAGAGUCAAUAGAAGAAGGCUCACUUAAUGACAAACGAUCACAGCGAACACCACUACGAAAUUCACGUCGAAGUGGUACACCAGUGUUGUCUAAGACGCCCUCAGAGUCAAACUCGGUUAACGAAAGACUCCAGCCCUCUGUGAAAUUAAGCAAACAGUCUUCUUUGUCAUCAUCACAGUCUUCGCAGGAUCAACCAAUGAAUCACAAUAAUGUAUAUACAAUCGGAACGUCAUCUUCGUCCUCUUCGAUUUCUUCUGCCUCGAUUUCGGCCCAGCUAUUAGACUUACAAACAGCCGAAGCAGUGCAAAAAUCUAUGGAUGGGGAAAACGAAUCGAUGGCGCCUGGUGAAAAGACACCUCCACCCACACCAAGUUCUGCAUUUCCAGAUGAGUUGUUCAUGACUCCAAAGACUGAAGACAGAAGACGGACGGAUUCAUUAGAUGGAUCAAGCGAAGACAUGAAUGCCCCGUAUACACCUUCCCGGGGGCGUGGACGCGGCCGUGGUCGAGGACGAGGUAGAGGACGGGGUCGUGGCAGUGGGAGAGGCCGAGGAACUCCUCGACCAAGAUGUAUUGGAGGGCUAAAGCAUACUCCUGAUCCAGAACGACUGAAAGGAGUUAAUUUCUUAAGUCCGGAGCGACGAAAAUACAUUGAAACCUGUGCCAAUAGAACACCAUCCGAAGUUCAAAUUUAUGAAGAAGACACUCGCAUGAGUGCCGAUCUUGACACUACCCGCCCAACAGAGUACUUUAACAACGAUGAUACCCAAAGUUCUAUGAUAAGCAACACGAGCAUUUUAGAUAACAGUGCGAUUGUUCGUAAAGUUAGAAGGAAAAAAUUCGAAACUGUUGCAACCGAAAAUGCUGAGUAUACUGUUGACCUUAUUGCUGAAUACGAUUGGCCACCACCUAAAGGCUGUUGUCCAGCUAAGAAUCGUGAUACGUUUAUGAUUCAGGAACAGAUAGCCUUGUACCUGGGUAUUAAGAGCUUCAAACGAAAGUAUCCAGAUUUGCCACGACGACAAGUCGAUAUGGAGGAGCGCAAUUGGUUGCAAGAGAAGGGCCUAGUUGCGGAGAAGAUGUGUGAUCUCGGUAUUACAGCGGUGUGGGCUUCUGAUGUCCUCGACAUUAUGUACACGGAUUUUUACGAAAAAUACGAAGAAUAUAAGAAUUUCGUACGUCAGAAGCAUAUUCGAGAACUUGAGGCUAAAGCGAAAGGAGGAAUGAAUUUCAAUGUGUCUUGUAAGGGUAUGGCAACAAGAGACAGAGCGUUACACGCGACAUCUAAGUGGAAUGCACAUUUUAAUAAAUCUCGCAAAGAAGAGCGGAGAUCAUGUUUGGAUCUGCAAACUUUGGUCAUCAAUGUACCACUACCGGCGAAAUUAGUCAACCGUCCAACACCGGUUACGGUUAAACCAAUGGAAGUAGCAAGGAGUUAUGCAAUGGCAUUGGUACCAGGUCAAUUCUGUGAGAAUUAUCGCCACUAUACACCCCAGGAAUUAAGGUCGUAUCCAAUUAACACUGUCCUUGAAGACCCAACGACGUGGAAAGAGAGACUAUAUUCAUCGAAUACUGAAGUUCCUGAUGCAUCGAAUGUUGAAACAUCGUCCUCGUGCGGCGAAGAAGAAAAAGAUGAUGGUUCGGGCAGUUCGAGCAGCAGUUGUUCUUCGGAUUCAAGUUCAGAUGAUUCGGAUUCUGAUUCGAGUCAAUCAUCAGAUGAAGACAAGCCUCCGGAUGGUCUAAAAUGUUGUGUUUGCCACCUGCCACAGAAUAGUAAUCCAAAAGGACUACCUGAAGUAUUUAUUCGAUGUUUUACAUGUCGCAGGAGAAUACAUCCUACUUGCAUAGAAAUGCCAAAUCGUAUGGUAUGCCGGGCUAGAAACUACAAUUGGCAGUGUGCUGAUUGCAAAUGUUGUAUAAAGUGUAAGAGAAAACAAGAUCCAACAAAGAUGUUGUUUUGUGAACAAUGUGAUCGUGGUUAUCACAUCUACUGUCUUGGUGUUAAAUCUUUACCCGAAGGUCGAUGGCACUGCGAACGUUGCCUUAUAUGUAUGCGAUGUGGUGCUACCAAGCCUGAGGGCCAUCCUCAACCACAAGCAUCUCCAACAGACUCACCUGGUGUAGCGAAGACUAACAAAAGCAAAAAACUAAAAUGGGUUAAUGAAUAUCGCAUUGAUCACAUUUCAAAAUUGCGAGAACAUUUUUCAAUGCUGUGUGUUCCUUGCGCUAAGCAUAAGGCCAAUGCCCGACGUUCUUGUAACAACAACAACAACUCCACAAUAACGACAACAACAACAACACCACACAGUGGAAGUGCACAUUCCCAUAGUAAUCAACAAAUGUCACCGCCACCACCACCUCCACCGGUUGCGACUAUAGUAACACCUGCUCCUCAAAACCUUAACACGGUGCUAUCACCGACGACGGUGACGCCGCGAAAACCAAGAGCAUCUAAAAAACCAACAAAACAAACAACAAUAACAACAACACUUACAACAACAACAACCACAACAACAACGACGACUCCGUCGGUGUAAGUAAUUUGUAUUUUAUUUUUAAAAAAAUCAAUAAAAAUUUAUUUUACAAAACGAAAAAAUAAAACAAAAUAUGUUAAUACAAUAAAAAUAAUUACAUACUAAAUUAAAACCGAAAACCGUUAUGAGAAGAGACUAAUUAAAUUAAAUUAAAUUAAACACUUAUUCACAUACACCUACACCCACACCCAAACCAAUAAUACACCCCCACUCAAAACUACAGUCUACGAACUCUUAUUUAUAAUUUUUAUAUAUAAAACUACCUUUUUUGUUAAUUUAUUGAACAAAGCUCCAUUAAGAUAAAUAUGUUUGUUUUUAUUUAAACGGUUUAGUUUUUUUCUUUUAUAAAUAUCACUUAUUAUAUAAGAUGAAAAAAAAAAAUAAAUAAAUAAAUAAAAUAUUGUACAUAAACACAUACUAUAAGCGAAGCAACAAAUUAGCACAUUCAUAUAAUUUUAAGUCGUACAACUUUUAGCUGUUUUGUUUUGUGUUUAUUUUUAAGUUCAGUCUAUGAGGGUUUACAUUGUUUGAUCAAAUCCAUAGAAUUUUGAAUUUAAAAACCAACAACAUGAUAGUUGCGUGAUUUUAUGUUGUAUGCUUGUGCUUUCAAAUCAAACAUCAUGUUAAUAUAUUUUUGUUUUUAAAUACUACGGUUUCUUGUUGUUUUUUAUAAUAAUUAAAAAUUUAUCUUGAGGGGUUUAAUAAGUUGAACAAAUUGCACUAACUACAGACAAUCGGUUAAACAUAAUUACUUGGAUAAUCUUAAACUAGAAAUUAUUUCCUUGGAUUACAUUUUAUUUUAUCUGCUAAUCUUUUGCAUACUCUCGUUUUAAAAAACUUCAAAGUUUUACAGAAGCCUCACUCACCAAUUUUUAGAUGGUUGUAGAACGAAAAGAAAUGAUAAUUUUGUAUAUGGUCAUAAAACUUUUGCACAAACUUUGAAAAUAUCAGAGGGACGAAAGUAGAGACCACAGUGCGAAUACCUAAAAGCCAGAAUGGUUCGAUUUAAUUAGAUGUCAUAUAGAACUACACCUGGAAUAAAACAUUUUAUUAAUAAGAUGUCUAAAGAGCAUUAACUGAAAUGGCUUUCUGCAGUUGUAAUUAAUAAAGUUAUGAGUUACAUCAGAAUCGUGAAAAUAAGUUCAUAGUCCAGAGUCCUUAACCCUCAAGAAGGCGCGCGGUUAUUUGUAACGGGAGCGGACGCGCGUAACCGAAAAGACCUAUGGGAUGAAUAAAAGAAAUAAAGCACUAAUUAUUUAUUAAUUUGUACUCAGAUACAUUAUCAUUGUCUUUAAAGUCUUAUUUGUCUAAAAAGGACUUAAAAUUAUGAAAAAGGAGCAAUUAUUACAACUUAAAUAUGAAUGAAAAUGUAAUAAGCGCGGUCGAUUCGACUACCCGUGCCCACUUGGAGGUUAUCUCUGAUAAACAUGAGCAACGUGAGACCUUUGCUUAAACUGUACAUACAAUAAAAAAAAAUGCAGAAACUGAAAUAAAGAUUCGGGUUAUGAUUACACUGCUCGACUAAAUAAGGUCUUUUACAUUUCCUGAAAUUGAAUUUUGCCUUUAAAAGUUUCUAACGUAACAGGUUUUUAAAAUGUGCCCCUUUAAAAGUUCUUAAAACAGUUUUAAGGCUACACAAAUACAAAUCUUUAUCUUCUAGAUACAGUUUAAAUAAUUUUAGUAUCUCACUUAGUUUUUUGUAAUAUCUCAUUAGUUAUGAGAUGACUAUCGGUUGGUUAUUAGAUUCUUUUGAAAAAUCUUGAUUGAGUUAAUUUUUUUGAAUAAUUCUUUUUAGAGUUAAUUUUUAGUGUUGAUUCCGAAUUCUAACUCCGAAAUACCAGAUUUCAACACCCAUUUUAUAUAUUUUAAUUAAUAUAUUUCAAAAACUUGAUGUUAUAACCUUAGAACUACGCAUUCAUAAUAAGAACAAAAAUACUGUAAUGCGUUUUUCUGUUAAGAACCGUUUAGGCAUAACAGCCCUAUUCUGCUAUUCACGUGGAUCGUAUAUUCAAUUCCCCCAUUCGAUUCCCUUUCACACUGCCUUUGCAUUCUGCCAUCCAUCGGGUGAACUACAUUAUCCCAAACCAAUUUGACUUUCAAAUAAACAUGUUGGAUAAAUUCUUUUGAUUCAUACACAAAUUAAGUUUAAUCAAUCCACCUAAACAGAAUAAUUUGUGUAAUUUUUGGAACUGGGAAGUAUGUAACUUUUUAUUCCAAUUGUAAGCAGAGGAAUAAGAGAAUCCUCAAACAGCGAGCUUCGGAGAAAUGUUUGAAAAGUGUCUCCCUUCCCCUAGAAAUGUUUAUGUUCUUUUAUUUAUAAAACAGUUAUACUAAAUUUAGCAAUAAAUUAGUUUUCACUUACAUUUUGCUUACACAAAUUAACAAACCAGACAUCAAAUGAAAAAUCCGCUGCAUUUUAUAUGCGGAUCUGAAUUGUAUAGAAUGAAUGCUUUCACGUGAAUAGAAGAAUACCGCGCACUAUUACCGACGUUACUGACUUACACAGAUUCACUUCGAAUGAAUAGCAGAAUUAUGAUUAGUGAAAAUUCAAGUAAAAUUCUCCCCGGUGAAUAGCAGAAUAUGCCUGUAAGUGCUUUAGUAUUCUCUUAGGGUAAAAGUGGAAAGUAAAGACUUACAACUAAUGACGAUUUUUUGAAAAACAAAUGAUAUAAUGAAAAUAUUUAUACGGAAUAUUGAAAUAAGGAAUUGUAAAUUCAAAAGAUCAUCACGAAUUUUAUUGAAAAAAAAACAACAUCAUGAAUUACCUAGCACUAAGAAUCCUAAGUUGUAAAAUCUCUAACUCUGACUUGAAAAACUGAUACAAAAGCAUUAAGUUUGAAAUAAAAUUGAAUCAACUGAGAACUCGUGGAUCAAAAAUGAGCUUAAUGUUUGAUUUUUUUAAAAGUUUUUUUUUCGCGUUGUCACUGUUGAGUUAUUAUUUCACUAUCUAGAAAACUCCUUGUUACAGUUUUCGAGUAUUUAAUAAUGAACUACACCAACCAUUCUAGUAUUAAAUUAUUACAAAAACAAAUAAAAUUGUCAAUUGGAAACAAAAAGUGUGUAAUGACCUAAGGAAAUUAUCAGUCUCAUGUAUGUGCGAAAUCAAAAGGUAAGGUUUUCGAAGGACGUGUUUCGUACAACCAAAGUGUUAAGUUUGUUCAUUUAUAUAAUACUUUUAAAAUUAGGUAAAUAUUAAUAUUACAGAGAAAUAAGUUGUACAGACUUUUAAGUUUUUAAAAACAAAAAAUAAAAGAGUAACACUAUCCGAUUUUUGUAUAAACAUAACAUUUAUUUUGAAAUUCAACAAAUAAUAUAAAUUUGUAUCGAGGCUGAUGGUUGAAAAAUCUCCUACCAGAGGAUGACAAAUUCGUCUGAACCGCGAACCCAAAGCAUACGCUUCUGAACUCCAGGACGGAUCCAAUCCGAUUCCUGAAUAGGCUGCCAACAGGCAAAUUGAUAGUGGUUAAGAUACCGUUUUUAGCUAACCUUCUGCGAAUUAAUAAAAUUUAUAGGUACACUAUCUUCAAAAUUCCUUUCGCAUUCCCUAUAUUUCUCGUUAGUUCUACUUAAAAAAUAAAUAAAAGUAUACAUAUUUUGAAUGCUUUGAAUUUCUUCAUAUUCCAACUGCCUUUAAACAAAGUCUUGCGCUUAUUGUUGUUCUAACUAAUUUUAUUUUAUAUAAAAAUGUUGUUAUAUGAUUUCAUUCUCAAAAAAAAAGAAAAAUGAUUUUAUUUAUAAUAAAUAUAAGUUAGGAAAUACAUAGUAAAGGUCCUUUAAACCAGAGAAAUAAAAAACUCAAAUCUCAUAUCUCUCAUUAUCUUAUUCUUAUUCUUAUCUUUAUUUUUUGUUCUUAUUAAGUUGAAAUUUUUUUGUUUUUAAUAAAAAAAAACAUAAAUACAUGCUAUGCAGUGAUAGAUUUUAAGAAAGGAAUCAAUUUUAAUUUUCAAAAUCACCUAAUAUACCCAACAUUAUAUAAAAAUAAACAAUAUACAUACAUAUAUAUAUAUAUAAAUAUAUAUUUUUUUACGAAAUAAAAUAUAUUUAAACAAAAACAAAAAAAAAUAUAUAUAACCUUUUAAAGCACUCUUAAAUAAAUGUGUAAAUGGCUUCAGUUUAGAUUUAAAGAUUCUCGAAAUAGAAAUAAAAAAUAAAAAGAAAACAAACGUUUAAUAUAAUUUUAAAAAAUUAUUGUGUACAGAAAAAAAAAACAAAACAAACAAAAACAUUUAAUUAUAGUAAAUUAGCAACUAAGACUAACAAUAGUUAAAAUAUUUUGUGUACAACAACUUUUGCUAUGUGUAUAUUAUUAGAAAUAAAAACAAAAUGAUAAUAUUAAUUAAAAAUACAAAUAAAAAAUAUAUAUUUAAUUGUUUUAAAUUUCAAAAAUAAAAAAUUAUGUUUAAUUUUUUUUUAAAUUUAAGUUUGCGUAAUUAUAUGUAAAAGUUGUAUAUUUUUAUAUUUAACAAAACAAAACAAAAAAACAGAUUAAAUGGAUGAAAGAUAUAAAAUUAUAAAUACGGAUUGACCGAAAAAAAAAUAAAAUUUUUAUUGAGUUUAACAAAACAAAAACUUACAUACUCGAUAAAAAUAUUAAAUGGAGAUGAUGAAAGUACGAUAAAUUCAAUAAAAGUAAAUAUAUAUUUCAAAAGAAA